AAGAGCAUUGUCUUAUAUUUGAUUUUAUAGGUAGCUACAUCAAGCUGGGAGGCAGGCAGAUUCAAAGGAUAUCAUGAAGUUUCCAGGGCCUUUGGAAAACCAGAGAUUGUCUUUCCUUUUGGAAAAGGCAAUCUCUAGGGAAGCUCAGAUGUGGAAGGUAAACGUGCCGAAAAUGCCUACAAACCAGAAUGUUUCUCCAUCCCAGAGAGAUGAAGUGAUUCAGUGGCUGGCCAAACUCAAGUACCAGUUCAACCUUUACCCAGAAACAUUUGCUCUGGCUAGCAGUCUUUUGGACAGGUUUUUAGCUACUGUAAAGGCCCAUCCAAAAUACUUGAGUUGUAUUGCAAUCAGCUGUUUUUUCCUAGCUGCCAAGACUGUUGAGGAAGAUGAGAGAAUUCCAGUACUGAAGGUGUUAGCAAGAGACAGUUUCUGUGGAUGUUCUUCAUCUGAAAUUCUGAGGAUGGAGAGAAUUAUUCUGGAUAAAUUGAAUUGGGACCUUCACACAGCCACGCCAUUGGAUUUUCUUCACAUUUUCCAUGCCAUUGCAGUGUCAACUAGACCUCAGUUACUUUUCAGUUUGCCCAAACUGAGCCCAUCUCAACAUUUGGCAAUCCUAACCAAGCAACUACUUCAUUGUAUGGCCUGCAACCAACUUUUGCAAUUCAAAGGAUCCAUGCUUGCUCUGGCCAUGGUUAGUUUGGAAAUGGAGAAACUCAUUCCUGAUUGGCUUCCCCUUACAAUUGAACUGCUUCAAAAAGCACAGAUGGAUAGCUCCCAGUUGAUCCACUGUCGGGAGCUUGUGGCACAUCACCUUUCUAUUCUGCAGUCUUCCCUGCCUCUAAAUUCCGUUUAUGUCUACCGUCCCCUCAAGCACACCCUGGUGACCUGUGACAAAGGAGUGUUCAGAUUACAUCCCUCCUCUGUCCCAGGCCCAGAUUUCUCCAAGGACAACAGCAAACCAGAAGUGCCAAUCAGAGGUACAGCAGCCUACUAUCAUCUCCCAGCUGCCAGUGGGUGCAAGCAUACCUCUGCCAAACGCAAAGUAGAGGAAAUGGAAGUGGAUGACUUCUAUGAUGGAAUCAAACGGCUCUAUAAUGAAGAUAAUGCUUCAGAAAAUGUGGGUUCUGUAUGUGGCACUGAUUUAUCAAGGCAAGAGGGACACACUUCCCCUUGUCCUCCUUUGCAGCCUGUGUCUGUCAUGUAGUUUCAGGUGUUACCUUUAAGUGCAAAUUGAGGUCUACUACUCUGGGAACAGGAACAUGGAAAACCAGGGAAGGUAAAUACCUAAUCAGGCUGAUUU